AUGAAUGAUCUAUACUAUUAGUUAAAAGAGACAGCUCAAUAGAAUGGCAUUACAAUAGAAUUGAUACCUUCCAAUAGAUAAUCAAUAGCUGAAAUGAUGCCUGAUUUUUAAAAAAAAAGUUCAAUGAUUAGAAUGAAAUUGCAAUUAAUUAGAAAUAACAACGAAGAAAUUAGUAGGUUGACUGAAAUAAUAUAGACAGCAGCAUCCACUUAAAAAGAAAAAGAAUCAAUGAAGAAAGUUGAUUAAUUACAAGUAUAAAUUAAUAAAAAUACGUCUGAAAUAAAAAAGUUAUUUGAUGAAAUGGAUAAAUUAGUUAAAGAAAGUGAUCCUGAUGAACCAGAAACCAGAGCGAUGAUUUAUAAUUAGAAGGCAAUUCAAUAAGAAGUUGCAUCUAUAUUGUAAUCUGGUUAGAAUACGAUUUUUAAUUAUAACAAAACUAUUCAAAAGAAGAUGAAGAGAUAAUUAGAAAUACUAGAACCUAAUUUGACAGAAAAAUAGAAAUCAGAUAUCAUUUAAGACCCUUAAGGAUUAGAAAAGAUGGUGAUGAAAGAGACCCUAGGUUAACCAUCGUUGUAAUUAGUUUACAGAGUUUAAGAUAUAUAAGAUAAAUAUUAGGAUAUUCAAAAGUUAGAGAAAAGUACUCAGUACUGUUUUCAAAUGUUAUCUGAGAUUGCAUUUUUGGUAACAUAAUAAGGAGAAUAAAUUGAGAGCAUAGAAUAAAAUUUGAAUAAAGCUAAGAAUUAUAUUGAAAAAGGAGAGAAAGCAUUAGCUAAGGAAUAAAAGAUUCAUAAGAAGAGUAGAAAAAAAAUGUGUUGUAUUAUUUUAAUUGGAUUAAUUGCGAUAGGAGUGAUAACUACUCCAAUAGUUUUGAAGUUUGUGAAAAGUAGCGGUUGAUCUUGAUUGAUUAUUAUAGAAAUGAAUAUAAAAUCUAAAUUGGAUUAAUAUUAUAUUAAAA